UUUCAAUAAACGCCCUGACUUUUAUUUUGAAAAUGUGUUUUGACAAUCUUCGGGCUUACACUUUAACUCUUAAAAAAGAGGGAAACGAACGCUUACCAAACACAAAAACAUGUUUUUUAAUGCCUGAACUGAAGUCAAAUGGCAGCUGUGGGGACAUGGUCUUUCUCUCGUCCUGCAGUGGAGAGAAUGAGAUGCAUGCUGCUAGCUGGACAAAAUGCUACAGAUGUGGUAGAAACAGCAAUUGCAGAGGUUGAAGAUGAUGUAGACACGGGACGGCACAUUGUUGGCAGAGGAGGGUAUCCAAAUUCCAAGGGAGUGGUUGAAUGUGAUGCUGCAAUUAUGGAAGGUGUGCCAGGGAGAUUUGGGGCAGUGGCUGCACUUCGAGGAAUUGCACAGCCAUGCCGUGUAGCUCGCAAAGUAAUGGAGAAGAGUCCUCACAGUUUGCUUGUUGGAGAUGGAGCAGAAGCAUUUGCUCAGGAAUUGGGUUUUACAUCUGAACCCAAUGCCAAUAUGCUUUCCGACCAUUCAGCUACUGCUUACCGGGAGUACCUUGAAAAAAAUAAACUGGUCAGAGGUGGGCAUGAUACAAUAGGUCUUAUAGCUCUUGAUCUAAGUGGUAACAUAACAGUAGGAGUUUCCACAUCAGGAGCUCCCUUCAAAGCACCAGGGCGGGUGGGAGAUUCUCCACUUCCAGGCUGUGGGCUAUACGCUGACCAUAAAGUGGGUGCUGCAGCAGCUACAGGUGAUGGAGACAAAAUCAUGUGCUACUGCCCAAGCUUUCAUGUUGUGCAGCUGAUGAGACAAGGCUCAUCUCCUAAUGAAGCCUGUCAGGCUGUACUUGCCGACAUACAGAGGAGAAUAGGUGGCGAUAAAUGCUUUGAACUUGGGCUUAUUUCUUUGAAUAUGAAGUUUCUUUCAGCCUAAUUGAACUAUGGUCUUACCCAGGGAGAGGUGGGAGCUGCAUCUUCAGUGGAGUUUCCAUACACUUUCUGGAACCAAGGGUUGAGCUCGGUGGAGGAGCUAGUCAUUAACCAAUAGAAAUCCAUAAAUGUUUAAUUUCUACUCAAUAAGUAUGUGGCUGGUCAUAAAACGUCAUUUAUUUUAACAUUUGUGAUAACAUUUCAUUUCUUUGUAUGAAAACCGCUGCUCAUUAUUUUCGUAAUCAAUAAAAAAUGUACCUGGUGGGUCA